GCGGAUAUGCACCAUUAGCUGGUUUGCCAACCGCCAUAAAACGGAAAAGAAGAAGAAGACCUCUAUAAUUUCUCAUCGCAUAAAAUAUUUUUUCGAAUGAUUUUGACUAUGUAAUGUUUGAACUAAGCAGUCAUGGAGUAAAAUGAGUUAAUACACAUCUAUUAACGGAAUCGAAAAUAAUACUCAUAACCUAGGAAAUCUGACUAUUGUUUACAAUCUUAUUAGCUGGAAUGAACGAGGUGCAGUCGAAGCCACAGGGACUGACAGCAGCCUGGAACACAGUGACAUCUGCACUGGUAUCUCCUGUGCCGCCAGAUGCUUCGACAGAUGAGGUUCUCUCUGACUAUUUAGUCCUGCUGUGUGAGCAUGGGCUAGGUCAGUACAUGGAGGGUUGGCUGCUGGAGACUCUUCAAGUGCAUCUGACCACAGCUGUUGCUCCAGAGUUCUGGAUGGGGCUCAAGCAGCCAGAGGGGGAGUCGCAGGAGAGGGACAGAGCAAGAGCGUUACUGGAGGCCUUCAGAAAACUUCUUCAAGAGCUGGAACCAUUCCUCGGAGGUCUUGAGAGGCUGGGCUCAUGGCAGGAUGAGGGCCGUGGGGGUUUGUGUGGUCCAGGGGCUCGUGGUCUGACUGAGAGAGCCUUCUCUGUGAUCCGUGCCAUCCUCCUGUUCUCUCCUCCUCCUCUGCUGCAGGAGCGGGUGCUGGAGUUCUACAGCCGCAUGUUCUCUGUGCACAUGAGUCAGGCGGGGGAGGUGGUGGAGGGCACAGCAGAGCCUGAUGGAGGUGUUUUGUGCCCAGGCUGUGCCACCCAACCUCAGCUGUGUUGGUGUCAGGAAGCCCUCGAGCAGCUUCAAGAGCUCAGCCACAUACUCUCUAGACUGCAGCUGUUGGAGCGUGUGAGUUCUGAGGCAGUGACCAGCAUCCUACACAAGCUGAUCGAGCAGAGGAUGGAGCAGCGCUGCAGGGGAGAAUAUGAGAGCUCUUUCCUCACUGACUUCAAUGAUUGGUUGGGGCAGGUUUUGGGGUGGCUCAGCAGGGUGUUUGCCAGUCAGGUGGAAGAGGUGGGCCACAAUGCCACACCCACCAAUGGAAAGAUGGGUCAGCCAGCCAAUCCGCUGCUCCAGCGCUGGCACUGUCACAUGCAUCAGUUCUUCUGCCGUAUCUACGUCAAUAUGAGGAUCGAGGAGCUCUUCAGCAUCAUACGAGAUUUUCCAGAGUCUAUUCCUGCCAUUAAGGAUCUUAAGUUCUGUCUGGAACGGACCAAUCAGAGACAGCAGCUACUUGCCUCCCUCAAAUCUGCCUUUGAGACGCGACUGCUACAUCCAGGAGUCCAUACGUCUGACAUCAUCACCGUCUACAUCUCAGCCAUCAAAGCACUCAGAGAGCUCGACCCCUCUAUGGUCAUCUUACAAGUGGCCUGCCAACCCAUUCGCAAGUAUCUCAGAACCCGUGAGGACACAGUGCGACAGAUAGUGGGCAGUCUGACGGGUGAUGCAGAGGGUUGUAGUGAUCUGGCCCAUGAGCUUUCUCGAGCUGACCCUGUUACCUUGGAGACACAAGACAGUGAAGAUGAAGGGAGUGAUCCGGAAGACUGGACCCCAGAUCCCACUGAUGCACUUGCAGAUAAAACUGGCUCUAAACGGCGCUCCUCUGACAUCAUCAGUCUGCUGGUCAGCAUUUACGGUAGCAAAGAGAUCUUCAUUGAUGAGUACAAGACUGUACUGGCAGACAGACUUCUGCAUCAGCUCAACUACAACACAGCCAGAGAGAUUCGUAAUGUCGAGCUGCUGAAACUGAGGUUUGGAGAAUCUCACAUGCAUUAUUGUGAGGUGAUGCUAAAGGAUGUGGCAGACUCUCGGCGGAUCAACACUAAUAUCCGUGAGGAGGAGAGUCGUAUGCCUGUAGAGGAGCAGCCCACACUGGCGUUGUCUGCCAUGAUACUCUCAUCUGAGUUCUGGCCACAGCUGAAAGAGGAGAAGAUGGAGCUGCCUGCUGUCAUCUCCAAAGCCAUGGAGGACUACACACACCGCUUUGAGAAACUCAAGGCCAUGAGGACUCUGAGAUGGAAGCCUCAUCUAGGUUCUGUGACACUGGAUGUGGAGCUGGAAGACAGAACCAUUCCUAACCUCACUGUGUCUCCCAUCCAUGCUGCCAUCAUUCUACACUUCCAGGACAAAGGCACAUGGACCUUGGAAGAGCUGAGUGGUGUUCUGGGUGUGCCCCAAGAGAUGGUGCGCAGGAAGUUGGCACUGUGGCAGCAGCAGGGCGUUCUGCGAGAGGAAGCUGGAGGCCUUUAUACCAUACAGGAGACUAGCUCAUGCAAAGAGAGAACUGAUCGAAGUGUCAUGCUCAUAGACAGCGAUGAAGAGGGAGACUCCAACACUGCCACACAGUCAGAGCAGAGAGAGGAGAAACUACAGUUGUUCUGGGCUUACAUUCAGGCCAUGCUGACUAACCUGGAGAGCAUGACACUAGAGAGAAUCCACUCCAUGCUAAGAAUGUUUGUGGCAGCUGGGCCUGGUGUCACUGAGAUGGAUGUGAACGAACUUCAGGCCUUCCUGCAGAAGAAAGUCAGAGCCCAUCAGCUGACUGUGUCCACUGGUGUCUACAGGCUGCCCAAGACCACUCAGUAAUAAUGGAAGUGAUAAUGAUCUUUAUUAUCCAAUGUCAGAGACACACAUUGCCUUGUAUUGUUCACUGUUCAAAAUAAUAAAAUGUUGAAUUUUUGUA